CUAGGUUAGGCUGGCAGUGGCACGAACACACUGUUUACAAUCCCAUAAUCCUCUAAAAAUGGCACAACUUUUAGUUUAACAUUUUGAGUAAGUUGGCGGAAAGCAACUUGCUGCGACAGUCUUUGACGAACUUUUUAUUAAUGCUAUCACAGUAAACAAUACGAAAAAAUAAAUAUAUUGCCAUUGCGACUUGUGUCACUGUGUGGUGUUCAGAUUCAUAAUUACACUUAUAGGCUUGGACUUGGAUAUCAUUACCAAUCAAAAUGGAGAGUUCGGAUGCUCCUAAGCCCCAUUACAGAACAUUGGAGGAUGAACGCCUUACAGCGGAUGAAAUGGAUGAGCAAAGGAAGAGAAAUAUUGCCUAUGAAUAUCUUUGUCAUCUGGAAGAAGCGAAAAUCUGGAUUGAAGCCUGUAUCAAUGAAGAGCUGCCAACAACAACAGAACUAGAAGAAGGUUUAAGAAAUGGUGUCUAUUUGGGCAAGUUGGCUCAUUUCUUUGCCCCUAAUGUUGCCCCACUUAAGAAGAUCUAUGACAAAGAGCAGACUCGAUACAAGAGCCGAGGUCUUCACUUUCGUCACACAGAUAAUAUCAAUCAUUGGUUGAGAGCCAUGGAGGAAAUUGGUUUGCCAACUAUAUUUUAUCCAGAGACGACAGAUAUCUAUGAUAGGAAAAAUAUGCCUCGUGCUGUCUACUGUGUCCAUGCUCUAAGUCUAUUCCUUUUUAAGCUGGGCCUGGCACCACAGAUACAAGAUUUAUAUGGGAAAAUAAAAUUUACAGAGGAAGAAAUCAGUGCAAUGAGAAAGGAGCUUGAUAAAUAUGGUAUCCAGAUGCCAGCAUUUAGUAAAAUUGGAGGUAUAUUAGCCAAUGAAUUAACAGUGGAUGAUGCAGCACUUCAUGCUGCAAUCAUUGCUAUCAAUGAAGCUAUUGACCAACAGGUGGCAUCCGAUACGUACACAAAGUUGCAGAACCCAUCGGCCAUGUUGAUCAACUUAGACUCAGCCAGUCAAGAAGAAUAUCAGGAAGCUCUGUACGCAGCCAAAGCUAUUAAAGCUGAAAAUGCUCGGAACAAAAGUAUUGACCCAGAGAGUACCUAUGAAGUAGAUGCUUAUGAUGAACUGUUGACGCAGGCAGAGAUACAAGGCAACAUCAGUAAAGUGAAUACCAAUCAAGCAUUAAACAAGAUUCACUUAGCCCUUCUUAGUAAUGACAAAUCAGCUUUGUUGGCAGCUCUACAGUCUCCUGCUCUGGGGAUCAAAAAUGUUCAGCCAGAUAAUAUUGACUUUUACUUUGACAAACUGGCACAAAUAAGGAUGGAUAAAUCAGAGGGUGUGGAAGCUGAUAUCACAUUAAGUAAAGAAGAAGUGCAGGCAGCUGUCAAUGAAUCAAACCUUGAGGCUGAUGUGGAGUACCAAAGAGUCCAGACAGCUCUCUUAGUGAACAAAGCUUUAAAUGAGGGAAAUGCUGAUUUGUUGAUGAAAGCUUUGCAAAAUCCUGCUGUCAAACUGACCACUGUCCAUUCUGAGGCUUCCCAGUUGUACCUGGAGGAACUUAAAAAUAUGAAGGAUGAGAAAGGUGCAGACCUGGAAUUGGAUGAAAUUGACCCUGCAUUAUUAGUGAUACUGGCAGUUGUAGCCAUCAACAAAGCUAUAGAUGUUGGCCACCCUCAAGCAACAUUCAAUGCUUUACUUAACCCCGCGGCUCACAUCACAGAUCUAGAUGAGCACAAUGACGAAAAAUAUCAGGCCAGUCUGGCAACUCAAAAAUCAAAUAAAGCAGACCAAGCUAAUCCAUACCUAACCCAUGCCGAAAUAGUGGCCAGUAUUGUUAGUGUCCAUGAUCAGGUCCAUGAAGAACAUGAAAGAAUACUGGCCAUCUCUCUGAUCAAUGAGGCUAUUGACAAGGGAGAUGAGAAUGAGACGGUGCGAGUACUUCAGCUCCCUGCUGCCAAACUCAGAGACAUUCACGAUGAGGAAGCAUUCCACUAUCAAGUUCUCUUGGCUAGACAGAAAGACAAAAAAGCCGAGUCCAGUCAAGAUGAAGCAGCUGUUUUGUGGUUGGAUGAAAUACAAUCUUGUGUGGACAAAGGAAACUCUAACACAUUAGAGGGACUCAGAGUAUCUCAGGGGGUUGCUGCUGUCAACAAAGCUCUUCAAGAUGGUGAUAACCUUCUGGCAGCCUUGACCUCUCCUGAGCUUAACAUUCAUUCUGUGACUGGAGAAUGUAUUGAUGGCUAUCAGCAGGCUCUUUUGGAAGCUGUCGAAAAGUCUUCACAACAAGGGGAAACAGGAAGUGGCUGGAUGAUGAACAGAGUUAGGGAUGGAUCCAAGUUUUUCUACAAUGUCCACACUGGUCAGCAUGCCUGGACAAGGGGAGACACCAUCAUCAAGGACUACUCUUUGUUGACUAGAGAAGAAUUGCAGCGUGUUGUGUCUGAGGUAACGGCCAAACAUGACAGAGAAAUGCUGUUCAAAGCCAAUGAGGGACUCAUCACUAAGAUCCAGGCCAACAUGAGAGGCCACUUGGCCCGCAAGGCAUACAAGGAGAGGGUCAACUUCAUGAAGAAACAAUUACCCGCCAUAAUCAAGAUUCAGGCUUGCUGGCGAGGUGCCAAACAACGCCACAAGUACAAAGAUCGUUUGAAUUACAUCAAAGACAACACAGAUUCAGUCAUACUUCUCCAGUCUUAUGUCAGAAUGUGGCGUGCCAGAAAAGCUUAUCAGGACAGAUUACAGUAUUUCAAACAAAAUGAAGAUGCCAUAAUUAAAAUUCAAGCUUUCUUCCGGUCCAAUCUGGCAAGACAAGAUUAUAAAGCAUUAACUACUGACAAGAACCCAUCUCUGGCUGUUGUCAGGAAGUUUGUUCACUUGCUAGAUGCCAGUGACAAUGAUUAUACAGAGGAGUUAGAACUUCAAAAACUUCGUCAGCAAGUUGUUGCCGAGAUUAGAUCCAACCAGCAGCUGGAACAAGAUUUAGAUCAAAUGGACAUUAAAAUUGGCCUCUUGAUCAAGAAUAGAAUUACUCUGCAGGAUGUAGUCACUCACAAUAAAAAGUUAGCCAAGCGUGGCGAGGAGAGUGCUCGUGGAGGGGGCCUGAAAGCCUUGAGUAAAGAAAAUCACGAACGUUUGGAAAAAUACCAACACUUGUUCUACUUGCUGCAGACGUCUCCCAAUUAUCUGGCCAAACUUAUCUUUGAGAUGCCCCACAUCCGUACCACAAAGUUUAUGGAAGCUGUUAUCUACUCCCUUUUCAACUAUGGUGCCAACCAGCGAGAGGAAUACCUGCUGACCAAAUUAUUCCAGAAAGCUCUAGAAGAAGAGAUCAACUCCAAGGUUGAUAAAAUGACUGACAUUGUCACUGGGAAUCCACUGGUAGUUAAAAUGAUAGUUGGCUUCAACAGAAAUCAACGAGGUCAGAAUGCCUUGAAAGAAAUGUUGAAUCCUAUCAUCACUCGUGUAAUAGAAGACAGAAAUUUGCGUAUCAACACUAACCCUGUGGAAGUUUAUAAAGCCUGGGUAAACCAGACAGAGUCAAGUACUGGACAAGCUAGUGAGCUCCCAUACGAUGUGUCUACAGAGCAAGCUCUGACUCAUGAGGAGGUCAGAGUUCAGAUAGAGGAGACUAUCAAACGCCUGCAGGACAUCACUGACCUAUUUUUAAACAAAAUAUUGACAUCAUUAGACAGCAUUCCCUAUGGCAUGAGAUACAUGGCCAAAGUCAUGAGGGAGUGCUUGAUGAAGAAAUUCCCAGAUGCUGCGGAAAAAGAUGUUCUGAAGAUUGUAGGUAACUUGUUGUACUACAGAUACAUCAAUUCUGCCAUUGUGGCACCAGAUGCCUUCGACAUUGUCAAUGUGGGGGCAGAGAAAGCUCUGACUAACGACCAGAGGAGAAACCUGGGCUCCAUUGCCAAGAUUCUCCAGUUUGCAGCUUCUAAUAAAGGGUUUGGAGGUGAAAGUGCUUACCUGGCCAGUAUGAAUGACUAUAUUAGAAACGCUCAUGAAAAAUUCAAGAAGUAUUGCCUGGCAGCGUGUGACGUGGAAGAGCCAGAAGUCAGAUUUAAUGUUGACCAGUACAGCGAUGUCACCAUGAUUACAAAACCAGUAGUGUAUAUUUCAGUUGGGGAAAUUGUUGAUACUCACCAGCUUUUGCUGCUCCAUGAGCAAACCAUUGCACCUGAUGCCUCUGACCCUGUGCAUGAGUUACUGGAGGAUCUUGGGGAGGCCCCCACCAUUGAUGAGUUGCUGGGCACUGAACUGACUGGAGAUGAUGCCACCAAAGAUGCCCUGAGAGCCCAAAUGGCCAAAACAGAAAUCUCCUUGACCUUGUCCAACAAGUUUGAUAUACAUCACACAGACGACAAAGCAGACAUGAAAUCAUUACUAAUAAGAACAAAGCGCAUGAUAGUGGAUGUUAUUGCCUGCCAACCAGGGGACAAUCUGGUGGUCAUCUUGGACUCCCCCUGCAACCAACAGCAGGAGGAACUGCAUCAGGCUCUGGUCAAGAAGAGAGAUCUGAUUGACAAGAAAGUGGCUCAGUCUCAGACAGAAGGAAAGAAGCUGAUGAGGCACGCCUCCAUCUUGGGAGACACGAGGCUGCCGAUAGAAGUUAUGAAAACUAAGGUCAAGGCCAACCUCCAAGCCCUUGAAUUAGCAGGUAUGGUCAGCAGACAGAACAAGUAUCAGGAUCUUCUCAAUGCCAUAGUCCAGGAUAUUCGCAACCAGAGGCGUUACAGAAACAACCGUAAACAGGAACUGAUGAGGCUACGCUCUACUAUCAAGAGUUUAAGUGAAAAGCGUACCUUUUAUGAGUCGCAGAUUGAUUACUACAAUCAGUAUGUUAAAACUUGUUUGGACAAUCUCCAGAGUAAAUCAAAGAAAAACCGUAAGUCUGGUUUGUUCCGCCGAGAUGAUAAACGUAAAGGAUCUGUGACCUACACAGCAGCUCGUCUUUAUGAAAAGAAAGUUGUUUUGGAGAUUGAAGGUCUGCCCCAGAACCAGUUUAAGAAUGUGAUGUUUGAGAUCAGCUCAACUGAUGACCCGGGUGUAUUUGAUGUGAAUGCUAAGUUUAUGGGAGUCAAUAUGGACAAAGUGGAGUUAGUAUUUCAGGAUCUACUUCAACUCCAGUAUGAAGGUGUCGCUGUCAUGAAAAUGUUCAACAAAGCAAAAAUUAAUGUCAAUCUUCUCAUUUUCCUUCUGAAUCGUAAAUUUUAUGGACGACAGCUUGGGAAAAAAUAAAAAUUCUUCUGCCGAAAUUUUUCUUGCAAGGGGCCAAAAAAAAAGACAA